AUGCAAUAUUCUUCGCCUGAGGAAUAUACAGAUGCUUUAUCAAGGGGGACUAAAAAUGGUGGUGUUGUCGCUAUCAUUGAUGAGAUCCCAUACAUCAAGAUCUUCCUUGCAAGAUAUUCCCAAGGCUAUGCCAUGAUUGCAUCAGUAUCUAAGACCAAUGGCUUUGGCUUUGUUUUCCGGAAAGGUUCACCAUUGGUUCCCGAAAUUUCAAGGGCAAUUAUGAAACUGAGAGAAGAAGGAAAGCUUGUGAAGAUGGAGAAGGCAUGGUUUAAUAGUGAGUCAUCUUUUAUGUCCCAGCAGGACUUAGUGACUAGCCCCAGCAACAAUCCAAACAUUCUGAACCUUGACAACUUUCGCGGUUUGUUUCUGAUUAGUGGGAUCUAUUCAACUUUAGCUCUUGCCAUAUUCUUGAUCAAUUUGCUUUGCGAAAAAAGGAUUGUCAUAAAGUAUUACUUUGUAGGCAUAGUUCAGGGAAAAUUAGUGCAUACAAUACGACAUCUUUUAUUGUAA